CUCUGCUAACAUCAUUUACUUAUUCUAAAGAAAAGUAAGUAGGGAAAUUAUUCUUUUUGAAUUGUAUAAUAUAUCUUACCUGUAUUUAGUCUACAUUAUAUUUAAUUUUGUCCUUAUAGGGUGAAAUUGCUUGGAAGAUGCCCGUUCUGCAGGUGUUCAGCGUGGUUCUGCUUGGCAUAGCCUUAGUGUACUCCACUGAGAUAUGUUAUGAGACAGACUAUACCCUCAUCAAGUGUGGAGCUCCAGGAAAAGAUGGGCUACCGGGCACACAUGGCAAAAAUGGGUUAAAUGGGGAAAAGGGAGAGCGAGGUCCAAUAGGACCAGCUGGGCCUCCUGGUCUUGAUGGACGUCCAGGACCAAAAGGUGAACAGGGACCACAAGGAGUGAAAGGCGAAAGAGGAGAUAGUGGAGCUUCAGUGCUUGAAGCUCUUAAACUCCAACUGGGUCUUUUGGAUGGAAGAAUCAUGAAAAUGCAGUCCAACCUGGUAUCGCUGAGGAAAGCUUUCGCACUGUACAAAGGUGUAAAGAUAGCUGGUGACAAGAUCUACAUUUCAGAUGGUACACAGGCCGUCUAUGACGUAGCCAAGUCAACUUGUACCAUGGCAGGAGCUCAACUGGCUUCACCACAGAACAGCGACGAGAACCAAGCUGUGCUAGCCAUCCGUACCCAGUAUGGAGUUUCCCCAUUUCUAGGAAUAAAUGACAUCAUGACCGAGGGCACAUUUAGGUAUUCAAAUGGUGAAGUCAUAAGUUACACAAACUGGGCCCCCAAUGAACCCAAUCAAAGUGGAGCUGAGAACUGUGUGGAAAUGUAUGAGACUGGAAAAUGGAAUGAUAGGUCUUGUGGAGAAAAACGUCUCGUCAUCUGUGAAUUUUAGUCAUUUUGUUUCUGUGUUACAUAUGUAAUGAUAAUAUUUCAAUCAUGAAUGUGUCUUUCCAUAUAAUAUACGA